AUGGGAGAGGCAAGGAAAACGCACCUCCGCCAGAUGGCCGGAACAGCCGUCUCGAUGCUCCUGCAGCCAUCACGGGGAAUACGGGACGACAUCGAACGCCUAGGCGGUACACCGAAAGACCACCGAAAAGUCAACCGCCAACGCCUGAAAGACUUGGAAAAAGCCAAUAAAGCGAAACUGGUAGAAGCAGCGAUACCGCCGCCUGAACCGUUUAAACUGAAACGAUUCGAGUCGGUGCCUGCGAAGCUGAAUACGCGUCGGACGAGUGUGAGGAUUGUGGAUCGCUUCGCACGGAUGGGAUGGAAGGAUGGCGAACUGACGGAGUGUAAGAUGUUCUUGAUUCUUGUUAGGCGCCGGGAACCCCUGCUGAGCCAUCGCCGGAAGUCAACAUCGUCAAAAAACUAUAUCAGCAUCAAUUCCACGAAAGCGAAGAAAGCCGAACCGCGAGCACCACCAGCAGCGGAACCACACGUGGUAGAACGCAAAACUCGAAAUGGGGAGAUUCCGAAAUAUCUGGUGAACCGGAAGAUGGAAUGGGCGCAACAAGAGUUGGAUAGGUUAAAUAAGCUGGAAGAGGACAAGAUACCACCGGGGAUGAUGGUCGUUCCGGACGAAGACAAACAGCGCACGCUGCGUUCACUUCGACAAAAACAAGACCAACUUAUGGACCAACUAGCGCGAUUUCCGGUAGUAACCGAAACGCUCGGAAUGCAGCGCCGGAAAGCAAUAAUCGAAGCUCAACUGAAGGAAAUCGAAGAAGCCAUCGAGACAUUCUCACGGAAAGUAGUAUUUGUAGCGAAAGAUGUCCCAGAAUAUCAGGGGGAGCCUGAACUACGGAAUGCACCUACGGGCGUGGGGGUAUGGGAUCGGGCGCAGGACGCUGCCGCACAGAGGUCACGGAAAACCUCCAUUGCGGGUUUUAGAUGA